GAGCUUGAAAAAGAGGAAAAGAGAGGAGGAGGAGGAGAAAAGAAAGAUCAUUUCUUUGAUGUGCUGAUCGAAAGAGAGGGUAAAAUCAAAUGUAAUACCAAGAUUCCUGACAAUUGCAUUUUGAGAAAUAACACAGUUAUCAAGAGUUACGAUCACUUGAUCAAAGUGGCGUCUGUGUCAAGUGGGGGCCAAUGACCAGCAUCUCAGUUUUAUCUGUAUUCAGGUUUAUUUGGCCAAAAUAAUCUUGGUAGAGACAGGUGCAACAGAAUCUAGGAAAGAAAUAGGUCCUCAGUUAACUUCAUUAGUGAACAUUUCCACAGGUUCUGUCACUGUUGCAAGAUGAUCCAAGACCCCAGGCAAUUUUUCAUAGUGUCGCUAUGAUUGCACAGCUGAUAUGACGGGAAGUAAAAUAUUUGUGCCACAAGUGCAAGGACAGGCUAAUGAAGCUUCAAAUGUGAUAAGAAGGUUGUCUGACCUGCGGAAGAGACAGAAGUGACAUUCAGGGUUGACACAUCUAAUCCAUGGGAAAGUCCAGAGUGAUACCACUGGAAUGAGUAGGUUCGUGAACCAGAUGAAUGAAGCCAGAAAUAUGACAAAGUGCCAGAAAGGCUUUACUUAUAGGGUAAGAGGGCUUAUUUAAGUGGAAAUAUAAUAAUACAAUAAUUAAAAUCUUAUCUGGACGAGUAGCAAUAUCUGCAAUAAAUUCAUCAAAUUCUUCUAAGAAUUGAGAGUAAGGCCCUGGAGGUCUGUAGAUUACCACCAGGUGAAAUCCUGUUCCCUGGACAAGACUGUUACAACUUGAUGAAGAUGGUUUUAAAACCAGAGCCUCAAAUGAAGUAAAUUAAAUAUCCUGGUUGAAGGUUUGUCUAAAAAUAGAUUUGUAGAUUAGGUCAACACCUUCCCCCUGUUUAGAGGCCUGAGCAACAUGGGCGUAAUUAUAGCGAGGAUUCAUUUAAUAGCAGAAAAAUAUGUUUACAGCCAUGUUUCACAUAAGCCAAUCAUGUCUAACUUACGCUCAAUAAUCAAAUCAUUAAUCAGUAAGGCUUUUGUUGACCGUGAUCUAAUAUUAAUGAAGCCAAAUUUAAGGAUUUGAAGCUCAUUGGAGCAUCAUUUUCCAGUGUUAAGAUGUUCAGUGGAGAUUAUCGUAAGUAAUGUUUUAACUGGAACAAGGUACCUUUUAAGUAAUAGUAUGCUUUGGUGGCCUAUGCAGGUAAAGAUACAGUUGUGAUUGGUUUUGCUACGUUUUUAUGUGAGCCUGUAUAGGGUGCUUGCUGAGACAUUUCCCCGCUGUCAGUGGUGGGUAUCAAAAUUAGAUUAUAGUGAUUUACACAUUUAAAAGAAUAAUUCAGUGAAAAAGUGGCAAGGGAUGGUGACAGCCUCAGUGUUGUAAACUAAGCUAUCAGCCUGGUACUCUGCACUAUUUUCCACACAAGACAUAUUAACCAGGCUAGCAGAGUUCACGCCAACACUGACUGCAACAUGCUUGCUAAUCAUCUGUGACCAGCUGAGUGCUACAUCCCUAGUGUCAAACCUGCUUCCAACACUGUCUAUGUUGUUAGAUAAACAGCAUCACUGACUCCUAUAGGAUGGAGGCCACCCCAGAAAGAGGGCCAAUUAUCUACAAAUCUUAACCGGCUCCCUACAGUGUUGCACCAACGGAGCACUCCCUCACACAAAGAAGCAGUAGAACAGAAGGAUGAGGUCACUGCGCAGAAAGCUCAGUCAUCUGCUCGGAAUAUGGCGGUGGAGAACAAUGGGGGUUACUCUAUACCAACCCAAUGGCUUUCACUGCCACACCCUCCACUCAACAACUUCAGAGCCAGAUCCCUUAGAGAUUCACAAGAAGAAGCUCUUCCUGUGGUUCAGCCACCUUCCUCAAGAAGAGAAACAGUUUGGUGGUUACUUCAGCCCAGAGACCAUGCAUGUGGAUCCACUGAUCCUUGAAAGAAAAGCUGAGGAGAGUGCAGGACUGCUCAGCCCCCCUCUCCAAAUCCAGACCCCUGGCAGCCCUUCUGUGACUGUGGAACAGCUUUUUGAGCCCACUGAUGCCUGGAAUGGGGGUCGAGGGCUCAAUGUGCUGCUGUACGGCGCUGUGGGAACAGGGAAGAGUACAGUGGUCCGAAAGCUGGUGCUGGAUUGGUGUGCUGGGACCACCCUGACCCACUUCAAGCUUUUGAUUCCUUUCUCUUGUGAGGACCUUGGCCAACUGUCAAAGGCGGCUUCCUUAAGGGACCUGGUGAGCAAGAAGUACCUCCACCUGAGAAAACACCCCAUGCUGAGUGGGGAAGGAAACCAGGCCAAGGAUGUGCUUUUCCUCUUCAAUGGCAUGGAGAGGAUGAACCUGGACUUCCGAAUUGGAGCCACAGAGCUUUGCAGUGAUCCUAAUGAGGCACUUCCUCCAAGUGUCGCUGUGGUGAACCUUCUGAGGAAGUACCUCCUGCCCGAGGCCAGCAUCUUGGUUACCACCAGACUGUCUGCCCUGGACCGUAUUCCUCAGAAAUAUGUGAGUCGGUAUGCACAGAUUUGUGGAUUCAAUGACCCAGACCGCCAGCGGGCAUACUUCACCAGCCGUCUACUGCACCAGAGUGGUGACACUGCACGUAACCACGAGGCCCAUGCUCUUAUAGAGCUGCUCUACCUAAAUCUCCAGAGAGAAAGCCAGCUGGCUGCAGCCUGCUUCCUGCCCUCAUACUGCUGGCUCACAUGUGCUACCUUACACUUCCUCCAUUUCACAGAUGCCAAAGCACCCAUCCGCACACUGACUGGGAUAUACACAAGUUUCCUCAGGCUCAACUUUGGGGGUGAGGUUCUGGGGACUAGGACUGGAACAAAUUUGCACAUUCAGGAGCAUCCCAGCUCUCUGAUGUUGUAUGUGGUUCGUACACUUGGUAAACUUGCCUUUGAUGGUGUCACAUACAAACGAAUGUCAUUUUCAGAAAAGGAACUGGAGCAGUGGAUUGGAGGGAAAACCAAGACAGAUGAGGAGCUUCAUCAGCUGGCCGUGUUCCGGACUGAUGUGCUAGACUUUUUUUUGGCUCCCUGUUUAGAAAGUGGUAAACAUUUACCAGAAGAACCCAGCGAAAAUGGUGAGAGGCGCUAUGUAUUUGCUGUACCAGCCAUGCAGGAGUACCUGGCGGCUCUCUAUGUGGUUCUAGGAGAGAACAAAUCAGCUCUGGAGAAGCUGACCAAGCAGGUGUCUGUGGCUAUCGGUCAGGUGAGCGAGGAUGUUAAUGCCAUUGUCAGUGUCCUUUCUAAGUUCAUCCCCCUCCGAAUAUUUGCUGUAUUCAACCUCCUGAAGCUGUUUCCAAAACUGUAUGAGAAAAUAAGCAGUCACAACAAAGGCAGCAUUGCCAGAACCAUGGCAGCUGAGAUGUUCCGCACUGAGGACAGCUACAAUGAGGAUGUCCUGGAUCAGGUGGAACAAAACCUCCUGGGAGUCCAUGGCCCGCAGCCAAAGCAGUACAGUGAAGGCCAGCCUUUUGAGCUCUACCCUAUCUUUAUGGGCGGACUGUUGCAUUAUGGUAACCGUGUCCUUCUGCAGCAACUGGGCUGCAGCAUUCAGAGCACCACUGUGGCUCAGAUCACACGGGCCCUGCGGAAGUACCUUGUCAGAGAGCUCAGCAAGCCACAACCACCAGAGGAGUUGAUGGAUCUGCUAGUCCUUCUGUAUGAGUUUCAGAAUCCCCGACUGACUGCUGAAGUUCUGGCCUCAAUCAGAGCCAUCCGACUCACCAACAUUCGUAUGACGUCACUCAAAUGUUUCGUACUGAGUUCUGUGCUCUCAUGCGCUUCUCCAAGUUAUCACCUGGAAGAGCUGGACCUGUCGUCAUGUCUCCUGACUCAUGACAUACUUCAGGUGCUGUGGCCUGCCUUCAGACACACAUACAACCUCAACCUGCAGUUUAACAGCCUGGGUCCUGAGUCCUGCAUCCUCCUGAGAGAUCUGCUUCUAGACUCCAAGAGUUCUAUUAGAUCUCUACAAUUGUGUGACAACCCUCUGCUGGAGUCUGGAACCAGCAUCCUGUUGAAAGCGCUUCCAAUGAACCAGUCUCUGACACACCUCUCCCUGAUGCACACUGGACUGGGGGACCAAGGGGCCCUGGAGUUGGCCCAGACGCUCCAGCAUCACUCUCUCCAGGAGCUCAAUGUGGCCUAUAACAACAUCGGCGACAAUGCUGCUCUGGCUCUGGUGGAUGCCUGCAGGGAGCACCCCACUAUUCACACUGUGCACUUGUAUCUGAACCCUCUUAGUGAUGUUGGGAAGCAGUCCCUAUAUAUCCGAGGUGUUCCAAAGAGCCAUGGUGGCAGUGGCCGGCAGGUCAGAGUCCUGGCUUCAGUCACUGAGGGCUCAGAUGUCUCAGAGGACUGGCAUCCCAUCCUCAGUGUGAUACGAGAGAAUGCCUCCUCCUGGGACCGCGAACGUGUCAAGCAGCAGCUUAAGGUUUUCCUGAGGGAUCUGGAAUGGGGCCGUCAGCAGCAGCAGAGCUUCUGGAAGAGGCUACACUUCCGCAGGGUGGAGAAAGGAGUCCGUCAGACUCUUCAAAUGUUGGAGAAGGACACUCUAUCAGCAUCCAAAUGAUACAGCAAGUAAAAACUACUACUACUACUGAAAACCGAGAAGUGAAAGGGUAGUGUAUAUCUUGAGCAGUAUGUUAGGUCUGGAUUUGAGUGUUGCAAGAAGCCUACAUAAUAUAGCUAUAAAUCAGCCAGGAUGAUCUCAUAAAGUUUUUGACUGUUUAUUGCAGCAAUAUGCUUUUUAGGACCUGGAAUCUCAUAUCCCAAAUUAACAUGUAUUGAAAACAUUCAAAUUCACAUACAUUUUUACACAAAUACAAGCUGAAGAUUUUUAGGGAGAUGCCUCAUGCCAUGGUAAGUUGGGUGAAGUUCUUCAGUCCACAAAAAAUUUUUGGGGCUUCACAGCAUUGUAACAUUUCCUAAAUGACUGAAAUAGUUUUUAAAAUAUAAAAAAGAAGAACUGGAAAAAAUGAAUAUAAUAAGAAUUUUUAAAACUUAAAAAAAAAGUCUCUAUGCAGUUCAGCGUUAUCUCAAGUCUUCAGAGGCCUGAAGAUCCCAGUUUGAUUUGAAAAUACUGUAUUUACACCCUUUUAAAGUCCAAACCUUCACUGUAGGUGAUUUGCUUAAAGCUUCAGGGCACACCACAUCUAGAGUGGGUGAACGAGUUGAACUGUGCUUACGUGCACCAACAAACGAGAUCACCCAGAAUUUUGCAUACUUCAGUUCUUUCCUGCUACCCAGAAGUAUGCAUCACACAAGCCAGAGAGCUGUUCUUACAUUACAUUUUUGGUCUUUGAUCUAUAAUCAAACUGUUUCAAUACGCUCGUACAGUAUAUUAAGAGAUCGUUUGUGUGUCCUCUCCUGGAUGCUUCAAAGGGAGUGUGUGUCCUACGUUACAGUAUGUACCACUACAUGACCCACAAAGACUUUGGCUGUGCCUAAUCUCUCUCUGUCUAGAUCCUCCUCCAUUUAAUCCCUCAGUGCAGUUCAGGUGUGUAGUGAACAACUUCUUACCAUUCAAAAAUGCAUGGGCCAAACGUACCUGUGUUCGAGCUUGGGCAUCCAUUUCGAACAGGAUGCAUUCUAACACAUGCAUUGCACAUGUUUACAUUCACAGCUUAGUCGGAUUACAGCCACAGUUUGACUAUGCUCCUCAAUUGGACAAUUGCAAUCGUCCAAGUAUGCAUGCCAGUGAGAAAAUCAAAUUAUUGGCCAAAGCAUGUCAUAGGUGAUAGGUGGCGCUGUACCCAUUUCAACUAGUGGUAAUAGAGCGACCUCCAGCUGACCUCUUUACAUCUCCAGCAACAACAAACUCUGCCUCGGCAUUCGAAAAAGAUGGCGUAUGAAGAGCAAGACAAAGCUACAUCUUUGUGCAUUUUGUAUAUGCCGUACAUGAUAAUUACACAAACUAGAUGCACAGUGGCGCUCUUGCUUGCAGUGAUUUCAGAGGAAAGACGCUGCCGCCAUCCUUCUACUUCCAGGGGAACAAAAUCUCGAGCCUGCGCAGAACGCAAAAUCCAAAUCCAAUCUGAUAGAACAUACACAUGCACGAGUAAUGCGACUAUCAAUUGAAUAAUCUAGGUUUUUUAAUCCAACUAUGAGAAAUCUGAUCCGGUCUGAUUUUAGUCAGACUAAGGUGUAUACAUGCAUCUUAAAGAUCCAAUCAUAGUCAGACUAACCCAAUAAUUAGUUUUUCUCGAGUGUCAUGUAAACACACUGACUUAGCAGCUACAAUGAAGAUUUCAGCCUUAAAAGGGCAUUAAAAAAAAUUCAGUUUGGGAUCUUGGGGCUUCUGAAGACUUGAAUUAUACUGUAUACAAAAGUAAGUAUGUCUACAGGCAUAUUUUAAUCUUAAAAAAAGGUAUAAAAAUGUUAAUAAUUUGGAGGAGAUCAUAGGGGCAGAUGUACACUUUUUUUCACUUUCAUUAACAUCUUGAGAUAGGGCAUUUUGACCAAGGUGAAUAAAAGCCAGUGAUGUUAAAACACAAUAGAUGGUUAAGUUCAACCUCAUAUCACAUCCACAAUAACAGGUUCCAGCAAUUCUCAGGGACAGACCACACAUGAACUGUAGUUGUUAAAGCUUCACACAGACAGCAGUCUUCAUGGAGCAUUCCAGGAAUGUGGUCAAUAGGAGAGCUGGUACAAUUAUAACAUCACAGCUGUAUCAACGCUUUUGUUAAACUAAGGUGUGGCAAUGGAAACAUAAAUCAAUACAUAUCAUGCAGUUCAUUUUUGUAAUUCAUCUUUUCUGUAUGCAAAUUGAAAUAUGGCUUCAAUUAAAAUGUCUUCCUAGUGAACAUACAGUUUUUUUAAACCACAGUUUUUUAAUAACAAGCUGCAAUUUUCAUGUUUUUGGGGGGUUUUUUAGUCAAAGCAUUUGAUAUGUUGUUUUUUUUUUCCAAAACAGUAUGUUCAUGAUGAUUAAAUGCUUCUGUUUUCACAGAUGUUUGCCAGUGCAGAAGAACACUUAAUGUUUAAUGCUUAGCUGAGAUUAUGAUGCUUCAGCUGGAUACAACAGUAGUUUUGGAAAUAUAUCCAGACUUGUAUAGCGGUAUUUCUUGCAGAUUUGCUUAUCAUAGUAGAGUGGACUUGGGUCUGCACUAUCCAAAUGUCUUCCUUGUUGGAAUAUUACUAUGAUAUUUUGUAGGCCUAUAAUUUGAAAAUAUAGGUACACAAAAAAGGGCUUCUGAAAAUAUUAACAGCAUGCUUUGUGUGAAUUUUUCUCAAAAGUCAAACUGAAGCAGGGGACCUUCAGGUUUAAUCUCAUUAAUGUAAAAAGCUUAUUUGCUCAUCUUUAGCUGCAGUCCAUUACUCACUCUAGCAGCAUUCUCUCAGCAGAGGCUGAUAUUGCCAUGUUUAUUUGCUGCUGACAUUAACUCACCAUUUCCUGUAUGUGCUUCAGAAUAAAUGCAUUUUCAUUCUGAAGGCAGUAGUUGGCUGUAAUUGUGCAACCAUAGUGAAAGUCUUGACAAUGAGUUAUUAAAAAGUGAGCUAGUAUUAUAAGAAAUUUUAAAGAAUUGGGGGGUGGAAGAGCACUGUUAUGGCAUCAAUAGUCAGUAUUGACAGUUUAUCUGAUUACAUCUGACAUGGUAUUUGGAGAGAAAAAGUCCAAUUUGUGCAUCAAAUCUUCUUGAUUUGUAGUUGAUAUGUUAUUUGGAGCCACAUCAGCAAAUUAAGUAUUUUUUUUACCAUGUUUGCACUCAAGUGUAAUCUGUUCAUGUUCUCAUCUACAAACAGGUUUGUCUAUCUCUGAUACUUUUCAGGUGCCUUAUUUAAAUGCCAACAGUGUAUUGUAUUUUGUUUGGCCUUGUGAAUGUGCGUUAGUUGCAGCAUUGAGUGUUCAACCUUAAACCAACUGGAAUGUGUCUGUUGCGACAAGUAUCAAAAAUUGUCAGACACCAAAACUUGGCAUUAGUUGUCAUCUAUAUUUGGAGCCUUCCCUGGAGUUGAAGGAAGUCUUCAGAAUAUUUUAAUGGCAAAGUUAUUACCCAUCUGCUCUUGUUUAGGUGACAUUUGAGUGCUUUGGACCUUUUUAAAUUAACAAAAGGGUUUUGUAGAAAGAUAAAAGUAAGUAAGGUGUCAAAGAAUUAUCAAUACCCACACCUGGGUAUCGGAACAUUUCAGACAAUACCUGCCAACCUGUACACAUUUUGCAUAGCAGGCACAUUCUUACAUCAAAGUACACUGGUACAUUUUGUCACUCCAGAAUACACAUAAAGCUGGUGACCCAGUGUGACUUUGACCAUUUGUGCAGCAUUACCCAAAUAAGCGUGGAAGUCUGCCAAACACAUAAACGAGAAGAAAAUUCUACCAAUCAUAACCUGGAUUCAUUCAUUUAUGGCCAUUAGUUUUUUUUUGUUUGUUUUUUUCAAUAAGAUAUUUUUUUAAAAAAGCAAUUGUUUAUUGGUAAAGAAUGGUUUAGGCAUUGUAUUUUUGUUGGGCAUGUAUAUGCAUGAGUUGAAUUCUUUUUUUUUUCCCUAUAAAGUGCUGAUCCAAAAAUGUUUCAAUGUCAGUGGUGAAUAUUUCUAAAUAAGCAGUUGUAUGAUGUUUUGCACAUAUUCUGAAAUCAAUCAUGGAUGAUGCAUUUCUGCCUUAUUUUGGCUUUAUUUCAACUUCUUCCAAAAUCAAAAUGAUGUGAUGCAUGUCCUGUGCUGCAUAUGAUCAGUUUGUAUGACUUACCAGUACUGUAAUAUUGCAGAUGGACUGUUACUUUAACCUGUUGGAUUAAAUGUUAUGCUGCAAACA